UCGAUCGUCGCAUAUCACCAUUCUCAGGCUGCUCCACCAGAAGAGAGUCAACCACCUUGAUUAAUUUGCUUCUUCUCCAGCCUCCAUUGCCGAUCGGCUCAGCUCAGCUCACGUCCAUAUGGAGGAAGCCGGCGGGCAGCUGGAGGUGGUGAUGUUCCCGUGGCUGGCGUUCGGGCACAUGCUCCCGUUCCUCGACCUCUCCAGGCGCCUCGCCGCCCGCGGCCACGCCGUCGCCUUCGUCUCCACGCCGCGGAACCUCGCCAGGCUCCCGCCCGUGCCGCCGCACCUGUCAGGUCGCCUCCGCUUCGUGCCGCUGCCGCUGCCGCGCGUCGACGGGCUGCCGGAGGGCGCCGAGUCCACCGCCGACGUGCCGCCCGGGGAGGACGGGCUCCUUAAGAUGGCCAUGGACGGGCUCGCGGCCCCUCUCGCCGCGUUCCUCGCGGACGCCGUCGCCGCUGGCCGGAGGCCCGACUGGAUCGUCCAUGACUUCUGCCACCACUGGGUCCCGCCCAUCGCCGACGAGCACAAGGUGCCCUGCGCAGUAUUCGAGAUCGUCCUCGCCAGCCUGGCCGCCUUUUUGGGAUCACGGGGGGCGAACACGGCGCACCCGCGCACGGCGUUGGAGGACUUCACCGUUGCGCCCGCGUGGUAUCCCUUCCCUUCCACCGUGGCAUACCGUCGGCACGAGGCCGGGUGGCUCGCCGGCACUUUCCGGCCCAACGCGUCCGGCGUUCCCGACAUACAUCGCAUGUGGCAGAUCAACGAGCGUUGUCGCCUCGCCAUCUACCGCAGCUGCGACGAGGUCGAGCCCGGGAUGCUCGCCCUCCUCACCGACCUCUUCCAGAAGCCUUCCAUCCCCGCGGGGGUCCUGCUGCCUUCUCCCGACCUCGGCGGCGACGACGGCGGUGUCCGCCCGGAUGUGCUGCGCUGGCUCGACGACCAGCCCCCAAAGUCUGUCAUCUACGUAGCGCUCGGGAGUGAGGCGCCAGUGACGCUAAAGAACCUGCACGAGCUCGCGCUCGGGCUUGAGCUCGCCGGCGUGCGCUUCCUGUGGGCUCUCCGGUUGCCCGGCGGCACAUCCGACUCCCGCACCGGUGCGGACGACCGCGGAGUGCUGCCGGACGGGUUCGAGGAAAGGACGCGUGGCCGCGGCAUGGUCGAGACUGGGUGGGUGCCGCAGGUGAAGGCGCUCGCGCAUGGCGCGGUGGCCGCGUUCCUGACGCACUGCGGUUGGGGCUCCACCGUGGAGAGCUUCGCGUUUGGGCACCCGCUGGUGAUGCUCCCGUUCGUCGUCGACCAGCCGCUCGUCGCGCGGACCAUGGCGGAGAAGGGCGUCGGCGUGGAGGUGGCGAGGGACGAGACCGACGGCUCGUUCGACAGGGACGGCGUCGCCGCGGCGGUGCGGCGCGUCAUGGUGGACGACGAGGGGAAGGUGCUCGCGAGCAACGCCAAGAAGCUGCAGGAGGUUCUCGCCGAUCAGGAGCGGCAGGAACGGUACAUCGACGACGUUGUCGAGCACCUGAGACGUUGCAAAGAUGAAUAAUUUAGGAGUAAAUAGCAUAAAACUACCACUUUUCGCGUUAUGGUUUCAAAAAACUACCGAAAAUUUGUUUG